ACGAUGAGCCACCGCUUCUUGCUCCUGCUCCUCGCCGCCACCACCACCGCCGUCCGCCCCUGCGCGGCCGUCAUCCGCCUGGGCGCCACCUCUUUCCUCGACGCCCCCGCGCGCUUCGGGCCCCGGGUGACCGGCGACGGGAUAUGCGGGUCGCUGCGCGCCGCGGACCCCGCCAACGCCUGCGCGCCCAUCAAGAACGGCCCCGGCUCGGGCCCCGGGAUGGCGUUCGUGCUGAUCGAGCGGGGGAACUGCAGCUUCGAGGGGAAGGUGCGGGAGGCCCAGCUCGCCGGGUUCGACGCCGCCGUCGUGUACGACGACGAGGAGAAGUCCAGCCUCUACUCCAUGGUUGGUGAUCCCGAAGACAUACACAUCCCUGCGGUAUUCGUAUCCAAAAUGGCUGGGGAGACUUUAAAGAAGUUUGCUAGAGGUGAAGAUGGUGAAUGCUGCAUAAACUCAUCGAUGGACGAGACUGCAGGGACGGUGUUGGUAAUGUCAUUUGUAUCACUUGUCGUGAUCAUAUCAGUUUUGGCUUCGUUUCUUUUCGCUAGGAACUGCCGACUUCUACGCCAUGGAGUUGAUAACCGUCCACCUUACAUCAAGAAACAUGUAGUGGAAAAGCUCCCUUGCUCUGUAUAUAAAGCUCAGUGUUCAAGUGGCGAAAAUUUUGAAGAAGCUUGUGCCAUUUGUUUAGAAGACUAUGAUAAUGGUGACAUGCUUAGACUUCUCCCAUGCAAACAUGAAUUUCACGUGGCGUGCAUUGAUCCCUGGCUGACAAAGUGGGGUACAUUCUGCCCCGUAUGCAAACUUGAAGUAAUCACAGGUUAAUAAGCAAGAAGCAAGCUUGAAGUAAAUCUCUGGUGAAUAAGCGAGCCCCGUUGAUGCACGCAAGUGCUGGCAGCAUCACAGUUAUAUCCAAGUGCGUUGAAGUGGUUGAUCUGUUAACUGGG